UUGUCUUUGUACUAAUGUCGUAAAUCGUAAUUAAACUUGAAAUUAUUUAAUAAAUUACGUUAAAAAGCAUGAGUAUUAUGUGUGAAUCUAAGGGUUUUUUAUUAUAAAAGUGUCAUAUAAUGCAAAAUAUUUGCUCAAUCGAUGGAAUCAACAAAGAAAUCUAUUGAAAUGGAUAUUGCGUCCAAUAGUCAAAACAUGCAUUCAGAAUCUCAAAAAGCGGGGGAAAAUAGCGAUAAGAGUAAAAACAAACUUUCAUCGGAAUCUCAGGGAAACUGUUACUGUGGUAAAGAUCGCAACCUUAAUAUAGUUGAGCUGUUAUGUGCGUCGUGCAACAGAUGGUAUCAUGAGUCCUGCAUUGGAUAUCAGUUAGGCAAAUUAGUGCCUUUUAUGACGAAUUAUCUCUUUAUUUGCAAAAAUUGUUCACCAACCGGAUUAGAAACUUUUAAGAAAAAUCAAGCUCCCUUUCCGCAAAUGUGCCUCACAGCGAUAGCAAACCUUAAACAGGAGAGCUGUAAAGAAGGCAGUAACAAAAAUAUGUUCAGUAAAGAUAGGGAGAUCAUUCCUUACAUUGACCAGUACUGGGAAGCUAUGACUACAAUGCCAAGAAGGGUAACUCAGUCCUGGUACGCCACAGUACAACGAGCUCUCGUCAAAGACAUACAAGUUCUCUUCACUUAUGAGGAAGACCCAAACCUUGGGCCAAUGUUUGGCCUGUUCAAUAUAGAAUUGACAAGCAUAAAGCCUAACUACGAAGCCAUGAUCAAGCAAGGGCAGCUGAAGGUCACUGACAUGGGUGUCGCAACUGUUCCUCUAGGUGGCAAUGUAAAAGGGCGUCAGGGAAAGCGUCGUCCGGCCGUGGGACUCGAAGCGAGCGCGCCGGUGGGCAAGAAAGGUCGGUCAGCUGACUUGAGCGCGUUAAAACUACCCUCACACGGCUACCCCACUGAACAUCCUUUCAACAAGGACGGCUAUCGGUACAUACUUGCUGAGCCAGACCCCCAUGCGCCGUUUAGACAGGAGUUCGAUGAAAGCAACGAGUGGAGUGGUAAACCGAUCCCAGGCUGGCUCUACCGGUCGCUGUGUCCCGGUAUUGUGCUACUGGCUUUGCACGACCGCGCUCCGCAACUGAAGAUCGCUGAGGACAGACUUGCGGUCACUGGCGAGAAGGGUUACUGCAUGGUCAGAGCGACACAUGGCGUGUCGCGCGGCUCGUGGUACUGGGAGGCGGCCGUGGAGGAGAUGCCGGAGGGCGCGGCCACGCGGCUGGGCUGGGGGCGCCGCUACGCCAACCUGCAGGCGCCGCUCGGCUACGACAAGUUCGGCUACUCGUGGCGCAGCCGCAAGGGCACCAGGUUCCACGAGUCCCGCGGGAAGCGCUACAGCGCGGCGUACGGCGAGGGCGACACGCUGGGCUUCCUCAUCGUGAUGCCCGACAGCACCGCCACCAAGUACACGCCCAACACCUACAAGGACAGGCCUCUAGUCAAAUUCAAGAGUCACCUCUACUACGAAGAUAAAGACAACAUUCAGGAAUCGCUGAACAACCUGAAGGCCCUCCCGGGCAGUCGGAUAUUUUACUUCAAGAACGGCGAGUGCCAGGGCGAGGCGUUCGCGGACAUCUACCAGGGCUGCUACUACCCCACCGUGUCGCUGCACAAGAACGUCACAGUCAGCGUCAACUUCGGACCCAACUUCAAAUUCCCGCCUUCGACGGACUGCAACUAUAGACCGAUGUCAGAAAAGGCUGAAGAAGCAAUAUGUGAGCAGACGAUGGCUGAUCUGUUGUUCUUGACGGAGAACGAGGGGAAGUUACGUCUGGACACGUUCAAUCUCUGAUACAACUAACACCGUUUAACGGUGUUUCUAUCAAUAUAGACUAAUGUGAUGAAAGACGUAAUCGGAUGUGUAACAUUUUAAAUUGGUCUGAUUAUAAGUAUAAGUGACGUGUAUCAUGUGUGCUAUUUAACUUGUACCGGUUACACGAGCCGCACUCACGCAAGUGACGUCACCAUUGCAACGUUAAAUACGUCUGUCGUUGUGUCGACGUCCAAGCCUGAUGUAAUGAAUCAGCCAAUAUAGCGCUUGUGGACGCGGUCAUACGUUAAAGACAUUAAGAAUCGAGUGCGUUCGUGAUAUUUGCGGUUGUAUGUACUACUAAAAAGUGUAUUGGUUCUGUGCUAUAUGAACAGUUUUUACUGUGAAGCAAAUGGGGGACUCUUUAGCACACCAGUUUAUUUUUAUGAUAUGGGUAGGACAGGCAAAUGGGUCACCUGAUGGUAAGUGGUCAUAGACAUUGGCGCUGUAGGCAAUGUUAACCACUACACCAACCUUGGGAAUUAAGGUGUUAAGUACCU